GUUUUGAGUACAAUAAAGAAAACGGAGUAGAAUGUGAAAAGGUUAUUACCAGACCUCGGCACGUCACCUGAGACCCUGCAAUAGUCAAGCUUUCUCUCAAACUCCGACGGAGGUCCCUGGAUAGCUGGAUUUCUAGAGAGAGAGAGAGAGAGAGAGAGUUUGUGUGAUGAUACUUUUGCAGUCUCAUUCGAGGUAUCUUCUAGAGAUCUUGUCAAAUCGGGUUCAGAAUGUUGAGAAAGGUGUUGAAUUGGAUUGCAACUGGGUUGAAUUUGGUGAUAUUCGCUACCAUAUUCAGGCAUCAAUAAAGAGUCCGCAUCUCCUGCUGCUAUCUGUCUCAUUACCCACCCCGCCUCCAGAAACUGUUUUCUUUGGGGGACUUCCUCUUGGAGCCAUAGAAGCUGUAAAAGCUGCUUAUGGUCCGGUCAUACAAAUUCUUGAUCCUCCAAGAGACGGCUUUAAUCUCACCAUGAAGUUGAAUUUAACUAAACUUCCUCCAGAUGAAGAGACCAAAACUAGUCUUUUGGUAAAGAUUGCAUCUCUGAGGGAAGUAGUAAUGGGUGCCCCCUUAAGAGUAAUGCUAAAGCAUCUUGCUUCAAGGACUGUUGCUCUGGAUAUGGAUGGGCUUGUUGCCCUUGUGCAUAGGCCUACAGAGUCUUUUUUCCUUGUUACGCAGGCAGAAAAGGUUACUGUGGUGUUUCCUAUGAGAUUCAAGGAUUCCAUAGAUACUCUUCUUGCAACUUCAUUCCUGCAGGAGUUUGUGGAAGCAAGACGUACAGCUGGACUUGUCAAUGCCCCUCCUUGUUCAUGGUCUCCUUCUCCUCCCUUAGAACUAAAGGGUGCGGCUGUUGAGGUGUUGUUUGCAAAUGCUGGAUUUGUCUCUUUUGUCCUUUUCCCACGCCACGUAGAAGGCAUAAAACUUGACAAAACUGUUUGGAAUUUAUCGACGUUUCAUGCGUAUGUCAAUUAUCAUGUAAAGGUCAUACAGAUGUUUUGUUUGAUCCAAAUCUAUGGUGCAAAUUUCCAAAUAGUGCUCAGAAGGAUUCAUGCACACUCGAAUGAGGCGGCGUGUGGAGUCCCUAAUUCAGCUCUGGAUCGUGCCAAACCAGAUAAAGAGAAAGCAAAGAAAACUGGGCAAAGUAGAUCUUUCAAGCGGCUGAGCCUCAAGGAAGCCAGGAGCGGGUUGAAGUCUUGAAGUUUUGGUUGCUGUAAUCAAGGGAGAACAUAUGAAUCGGCUGGAUUUGCCAAGAUCUUUUAAAGAAGGUUCUGUUUUUGCUUGGAAGAUCACUGCAGGCAUUUGAGCCGUGUACUUGUGUUUAGAAACCACAUACAACGUGAUUUUGUAGAGCUAUACUGGGGCCACUCACGCAUUCUAAAAAUUACCCCAGUAUGGUAUUACAUCAUUUGUACUUUACUCAUCUUAUUUAGGUCAUGACCCUGUAAAUGGAGCUGCUAUUGCUUGAGCGUGUAAUGUGUUGAACGAUCUUAUCUAGCCCUAAUAUUAUUCUGAUACAUACUUCUUGCCUUAAA